AUGGGUCUGAAGGGUAGCUGUAUGUGCAAGGCGAUCAAGUACGAGAGUACUGAGGAUCCCCAAGUCACUGCAUUAUGCCACUGCACAGAUUGCCAAAAGUGGAGCGGUUCCGCCUUCACCUCCAACGCCGUCGUUCCUCGUACGGCUUUCAAAGUCACCCAGGGUGAGCCCAAGUUUUACGACAUUACCGGCGACUCGGGCAAGAACAACAGGCACUUCUUCUGCGCCCACUGCGGCUCCAGCUUAUACACGGAGCUGGACUUGAUGGCUGAUGUCACGUGCAUCAAGGCCGGCGGACUCGACGAGGGAAAGGCGAGCUUGGAGGGGAAGCCUGCUGUCGAGUUCUACUGCAAGGAUCGGGUUUCGUACUUGGGCGAUGUCGAGGGUGCUAAUCAAAAACCCGCCUUUGGUUAA